AAGAGGGAAAGAAGGAGAGGUGGCCAGGUGGUGGGGGCGGCGUCGAGACUCGAGAGGCAGGGAAAGUAGUGGCCUGGACGUGCCGGCGAGCAGGAGGGGGGCGAUGGAGAAGGGCGCGACCACGCGGCGGCGGCGGCUGGUGGAGAGGGGAUCCGAUCGCCUCGCCUUCAUCACCGGCCAGACUAGCAGCCUUCCUUCCGACCCGCCUCCAGAUUCACCACUUAGUAUGGUUGAUGCUGCGUCCACUCAGCUAUCUGAACAGCAGCAGGUUGAAGGUGGCAUUGGUGGUGAGAAGUUCAGCGAUAGAACUCAGUUGCAAAAGUCAGAACCUGGUGACCCGGUACCUGAAUUUCAACGAGCUGAUACUCGUGAAGAAACCAAGGCUAAAACCUUGAGCAUUGAAGAUGAACUAUUCCUAAAAUUUAAGACAGGCAGUGCUGUUCCUGAAAUUCAGCCAUCUGAUAAGGCCCGCCAAGAAACCAAGGCUAAAACCUUAAGCAAUGAAGAUGAACUAUUCCAAAAAUUUAAGACAGGCCGUGCGGUUACUGAAAUUCAGCUACUAAAUGAAGCACCGUUACAUAGGCAUGAUCAGGAAACCCUCAGUAAGAAGACAAGUCACGAUGGAGCAGCAAGUGCCCAACCUAGGAGAGAGAUGGAAAUGAGACCCAGAUCGUCUCCUCCAAGCCAAUCGAACCAAGCAGACAGUGCAGGUUGGUCUGUGGAAAAUCUUAAGGAAAAUUUGAACUUCACUCCGCAGGAGAUUACCAAGGCCAUAUCAGAGACCGAGAGUAACCGCCUUUUAGCAUCCAUUGCCAUUGCUUUUCUGGUUGUUCUUUCAAGUUGGGGCCUGGACAUUGGUGGCACGAUCACCAGAGUAUUGGUUGGUACAAGGCCACUUCUAUUUCUCAUUAUAACGAACAUUAUCAUCGUCCUCACAUUGUUGAUGGAGAACAAGGACCCCAAUGCGAGGGGCAGACCGGUUGGCAGCAACCUAGGUUCUGCUGAUAGCUUAGGGCAAAUGUUGGAGAUUGGGCUGCUGCUUCAGAAAGCCCUAGGUGCUCUGCUGAUGGACUGCAGUGUUUGCGCUGUUAUCAUGAUCUGUUUUCUUGGAUUCUGAGGGAGUUUAGAUAGGAGUUUCACAGAAACCCUUGUAAAAGUUUUCUUCCUUCUCUGUACGGAACUAUUCCGUCUACAGUUCAUUUUUGUGGCUGAGUUUUCAUUUAUGUAUUCCGGUUUUCUGCGCGUCUCUAGUUAAUUAGAGCUUACUUUAACGAGCUC